CCCCACCACUCACUUUUCUCUCUCACUUUCCAUUAUCUCCUUCUGGCCUUCUUCAAAAUGGUCUCACCCUCCCAAAAGAUUCUGGUAACCGGUGGUGCCGGUUUCAUAGGCACCCACACCGUCGUGCAGCUCCUCAAAGGAGGCUUCACUGUUUCAAUAAUCGAUAAUUUUGACAACUCCGUCAUGGAGGCGGUCGACCGGGUACGCCAAGUGGUGGGCCCUCAUCUUUCUCAGAACCUCGAAUUCACCCAGGGCGAUCUCAGGAACAGGGAUGACUUGGAAAGACUCUUUGCCAGAACCAAAUUCGAUGCCGUGAUCCACUUUGCUGGCCUCAAAGCGGUUGCGGAAAGCGUGGCCAAGCCACGUCGUUAUUUUGAUUUCAAUUUGAUCGGCACCAUCAAUCUCUAUGAAGUUAUGGCCAAGUAUAACUGUAAAAAGAUGGUUUUUUCAUCUUCUGCUACCGUUUAUGGCCAACCUGAAAAGAUACCGUGCGAGGAGGAUUUCAAGUUGCAAGCUAUGAAUCCCUAUGGACGGACCAAGCUUUUCCUUGAAGAAAUUGCCCGAGAUAUUCAGAAAGCUGAGCCAGAAUGGAAGAUCAUAUUACUGAGAUACUUCAAUCCAGUUGGGGCUCAUGAAAGUGGUCAACUCGGUGAAGAUCCCAAGGGCAUCCCGAAUAAUCUCAUGCCUUACAUUCAGCAAGUAGCUGUUGGAAGGUUGCCUGAACUCAAUGUAUACGGUCAUGAUUAUCCAACUAGGGAUGGCUCAGCGAUCCGGGACUAUAUCCAUGUGAUGGACUUAGCAGAUGGUCAUAUUGCUGCCUUGAGAAAGCUCUUUACACCGGAGAACAUAGGUUGUACCGCUUACAACCUGGGAACCGGUCGUGGAACAUCUGUGCUUGAAAUGGUUGCAGCAUUUGAAAAGGCUUCUGGCAAGAAAAUUCCAGUAAAGUUAUGUCCAAGAAGACCAGGAGAUGCCACGGAGGUUUAUGCAUCUACACAGAGAGCUGAGACAGAACUUAGUUGGAAGGCAAAAUAUGGUGUGGAGGAGAUGUGCAGGGAUCAGUGGAAUUGGGCAAAGAACAAUCCCUGGGGUUACACGGGGAAGCCUUGAAUCUUGAGAAAUAUUACUGCACAUCAAUGAAUGUUUUCCUCACAAAUAGGCAUCACUUUACAGAAUACUAUGUUGGUUGAUUUGUUUAGGCAGUUCAACAUAUAAUCUUAUAUGUUGGAUCCAUAAAAAUAUGGAAUUGAUUAAACUAUUAGUCGAAAAUAUUGAAAAUAAAAAGUACUUUUUAAUAUG